GCCGGGGCCGUUGCCGGGAGACCUUUGUCCCUCCUCCCUUCCGCACGCCGCCUGUUCCUUCCACUUCCCCCCUCUUCCGGGUUGAACCGAAACCUCCGAGCCCGCUGAGUGCGGGUUGAGUUUUGUGGUGCCGCGCAGCCCUAGGAUUUUGGCUUAGUAACUGCAAUGUGAGGGCGCGUCGGUAGGCACUUCAGGGCUGUUUUUAUAUGUGGCAUAUGAAGGUGAUGGGUUAGUACCCUUGCAGUCCUCUGGGUUUGAUUUAACUGAUCUGAAAAGCAAUAUGGUGUGCCCCCAGAGCGUGGGAGGGCUAGGUUCUGCGGGCUGUACCUACAUCCAAAUGGUAAUUAUAAUAAGAACGGAAGAGUUUGGAUAGAUUAUAGAACGCCAACCAGGAAACUUUCAACAUCUGUGGAAGUAGGAGCUCCGGAGACUCAAGUUCUGGGGAAUUAUAAAUGAAGAGACCUCUUUGUAAAGGAGUCCAGUUGUCUAAGAAGAAAUACGUAAUACGCUGAUGCAUAUUACUUCCCAUUCUACCUCUCCAGAGAGUGUCCACACUUCAGGAACCAGACUGCUUCCAUGUGCAGCCAAAUAGCACCAAGCUCCAUGAGGACAGAAGCUCCUUUGUUUGGGACCUUGCCCUCUGUAUCCCUUCGUCCAGCCGUUGGUUCAGAUUCUUUAUCAUAACCUUCAGUAAAGUGGUAAACGUAUGAUUUAAGUCUGGAUGAAACAGGAGCUUUGACAUUUCAGAGAGUGCAGUUUGUCAUGGGUCUACCUCUGUUAAAACGUGCAGUUCAGGAACAGGCAGAGAACACAAAGGAUUUUGUCAGUCGGAGCCUGGCCAUAGGAGAAGUCCUUUCCAUGGCGGACAUGGCCACAGGAGUAAAGCGUGGAAUAAUUCACUGGCUAUUUGGUGGCGCAGUCAGGAAUCUUGGAAGCCCGGGACAUGUGACUAAGUGGCUUCAGCCACUCCAGGGGCAGAAAUACACUGGGAUGUUCGCAGUGACCGAGAGGGGCCACGGGAGCGACGUGAGAGGGAUCCAGAUCCAAGCCACCUUUGGCCUCUCUGCGCAGGAGUUCGUAAUUGACACGCCGUGUGAAAAUGCUGAGAUGUUCGUCCGAAACGCGAUGCGUGGGAAUUACGUGGCCCUGUUUGCUCAGCUCAUCAUAAAUGGAAGGUCUCAAGGGCCCCACUGUUGCACUGUUCCUGUCCGCGAUGAAAACGGAAGCUUGUACCCAGGAGUGACGGCCGUUGAUACGAUGUACAAAGACGGCCUGCGUGGUGUGGAUAAUGGGAUUUUAAUAUUUUGUGAGGUUCGGAUUCCAAGGGAGAACCUUCUGGAUAAGUUUGGCUCUGUGGCUCCAGAUGGGCGGUCCCCUUCCCCUAUUAAGAACAAGAGUGCAAGAUUCAACGGGAUGCUGGCAGCGCCGACCCCUUCAAGGUUAGCUGUGACUUUCCAAGCUAUGGGUGCCACGAAGGUAGUCGACUCUGAUUUGAAUUUACAUCACUGUUUAUUCUCUGCUUAUUCCAGGGAUGGGUAACAGUUUCAGGAGCUGAGUUUCCUGAGCCACAGUUGGUAUAAUGUGGCUAAGGUUCAUGGUUAGAUACUGAGAAGCGCCAGUGGGCCAUACCCAGAGAGCAUUUCUGCACCCUUCUUAUCAUGGGAUCCUAUCCAUCGGCAUCUUAGAUGUGCUGCUGAUUAUGGUGGGUGGAACAUAGGCACUGUGGCAAAAGAGCCACAAACUUUGACCCUGGGGGAACGGGUCAUUCAGAACAGAUGCAUCUGCUGGAGAAGCAGCUAAAAGCCGACACGUGAGGGAAGGCUGGCAUAUCUCAGCUGAGUUUACUGGGGAGCUUUGGUGGUCGUGUGGCUUUUUGGGGUGUGACAUUCAGCGUCACAGGUUGGAGUCCAUGAAGCCAGACCCCCGGAAGGCAUCUCUACCUCGCCUCCUCCCAUACCUUCCCCAAUACCAACUAGUUUGGAAAGAGCAGCCCAGAGAGGAAAGUUCUGGAAGGCUCCUGCUCCUCCUCCUUCUCCUCCUCCUCCUCCUCCUCCUCCUCCUCCUCCUCCUCAAGGCUCAGCAUUAUCUGUUCUCUGGGCCCUUUUCAUCUCUUUGCAUGAGGGAAAAGCCUGCUUUAAGCUCCACUGAGCUUGGUGGAGCUGGAAGAAAAAUUAAGAAACCCAUGAAUAUACAUUGUGGCUUGAAUCCAAUUUUUCCAUCAAGAAGGAAUAAAUUUCAUUCACCUGACAUCAGCACAAAGUCGUCUGACUAGCAGGAAAAUCCUUCUUUACUCAUUUCCACUGUGUUGGUCCGGCUUCCCAGGAAGCCUGCCUGACAGGAGCUUCCCUGUGUUUUGUGUUUCCUGUCAGCUGGUACGACUGUGAUGCCGUGAACACCCACACUCCGUACUGAGCCAGUGACCUCAAGUCUGCCCAUGGGCACUGCUUCCCGCCCUUGUUUUUCGGCGGCCCUUAAAGGGUGUUCAAUUCUGAAGCCCCGCGUCAGGAGUGGCUCAGCUGGUUGGUCCCCUUAGCUGAAUCAUCUGACAAAUGAAUGAGCUUGUGAUGAACUGGGUGCAGAGGUGAGGCCAAGGCUCUAUCCAGCACAGCAUCAGAGUGCUGAGGAGGACUUCUUCUUCAAGUCUGUCAUAGAAACCAUUGCAGCCAUUUCGAGACUCCAGAAAGAGGCAAAAGGAGAGAAGCCAGUGAGCUGAGGAUUACGUUGUAGAUGGGACAAAAUCGGAUUCAGGAUCAGCUGGUGCCUCGAUGGCAGUAUCUGCAUAAUAUCCCCUGUGAUGGCAGGAGCCUUGGGGUCCCUUUGCGGAGAGUGUGCUCAGUGAACACGAAGGCCCCUGCUGGCUCCCGGCUAGAAGGCGGUGCAGAAAGCCUAUGCUUUAUGUUUCCGAGUGGGCGAUGCUGUGUGAAGGACGCCCAGGCUGCCGGCAGCCCCAUUAGCUCAUUCAGCCUAGUGCUGGAGUCCCGAGGGGCAGGAUCAGGACUGCAGAGACGGGGAAGUGGCAGACCUUCUGGAAGAGACUUGAUUUUGAGUAUCACCAGAUCUGGAGCAAAGAAGAUGGGAGAGAGGAGACAGAGUGGAUGAUUCUUUUCUUUUAUGUUUAUUUGAUUUUGAGAGAGAGAGAGAAAGAGAGAGACAGCAUGAGCAGGGGACGGGCAGGGAGAGGGAGAGAGAGCAUCCCAAGCAGGCUCUGCACUGUCAGCGGGGAGCCCGACGCAGGGCUGGAACUCAUGACUCGUGAGAUCAUGACCUGAGUCCAAAUCAAGAGUCGGCCGCUUAACCGGCUGAGCCUCCCCGGCGCCCCCAGAGUGGCUGAUUUUUUAAAAGGUGUGCAUUCUCCAUUCUACUGAACGCUGGCACUGUAGAGGCAUUAUCUUGAUCAUGGGCUCUGAAGUCAGAAAACCGAGGGCUCCAGUCUCAGCCUGGACAUGACCAGCAGUGGGGUCGUGGGCAAAUCAAGAGCCCUCCUUAAGCCUUAGUUUCUUUGCCUGUGAAACGGGCCUUGUGAUAACCGUGAGGCAUGAGUGAGGGGGGUGUGUAGAGCACUGGCACGGAGCAGAUGUUCAAUAGCUCCGAGCCAUUACUGACGUGAUGCCUGUUGCCAGUGCCGCUGUUGCUGGGAAGACAGCAGCUGGCUGUAAGAAAGGAAUAAAUGGGCUUUUCCAGGAAAACAGAUGCCUGGAAUCCUGGCCUGCAGGUAACGAGGCAAGUCUGAGACGUUUUGCAGAAGUGCGUAGUUUCCUUUGGAUUCCUCUGUAUCUGAAGCAAAAUGCAGUGGCCGUGAGUCAGCACCUGCCCUGCCCAGGAGGCAGGUCGACUCUGUGACAGGGAGACCCGCUCACGGAGCCUGCGACUCUGCAUGGUUCGGGUGCCCCCGCUGCGCUCAGCCCUGAUGGACAGCGACCCUGGCCACUGUGAUCUCAUCGCGCGCGUCUCGGGCGAGGAUGAUCUCACCCGUCCUCUUGGCAACUCCUCCUCUCCUAGGGCUCAAACGCAUGACAGAUGUUUUCUCGGCUGAAACCUAAGACGGCCCUGCUUGUUCUGCUCUCGCUGAUGAGUGGAAAAAUGGAUCCUUUUCUCCUCCGUGCAUUCCUCAUGUAUUAGAAAACUGUCACCGCGGCUCCCCAUGGUGACAUUUUGCUCAAGGCUGAGCAUGCCCUGUCCUUUUAAACUUUGCCCAGAUGUCUUAUUCUUCAUGGUUCUCUCUCAUUUCCAUAGUUUCUCAGCAUUUUCAGAUUUUUCUCUUAAAGGCUUGCCUUAAUAGCCUUCCUCCAAUUUGUGUCCAGAGUGCUGUGCCAGAUUAAGUGAUUAGCAGGAACAAAAGGAAAAGGAAACCAAGACGUUUGGCAGGGGUGGGAGGUGGGGGCUUGGGAGGGCUCUGUAGCUGAAGUGGGGAGGCUGGGAGGCCUUUCCAGAAGGAGGAGGGAAGUGGGGGAAAGUCACCGUGAGUUUGGAGGCAGAAGUAGAGGGAGUGUGAAAUGUGAAGGAGGUCUAGCCCAUCGUUUUGGGUUAAUUUUGUGUGGAAGUAGAUAUUUCAGCAUAAGACAAGCCGCUCCCCGCUCGCCUAAGGGUCUUCCCUAGU